AAUACACGAUCGUCUCGUGCCCUAUUUCUCCUCUCUUCCCGCUGCGCCGCUGCUCUCUCUCUCUCUCUCCGUCCGGCGACCGGCGUGCGCUUCUCCCUCUUCCUCGCGGCUUCCCCCACCUCAUCACUGUAAAAUACGAACUCCAACCUUCCUGCCCUCUUUUUCCUCCCACUUCUGCUUCUUCUUCAUUGGCUUCUGCUGCCACCGCGUACGCCUCCGACUCCGGCAUUGGGUUGCUGACGGGGUCGCCGGAAUCUGGCCUGGCAGCUUUCGUGUUUCCGGCUGUCAGCAGACCCCGAGUUAAAAGUUUCUGGUCCUGCCGCUGCUUUUGAGGACACUUGUAAAGAUAUAUAGAGCGAGAAAGCAGAAAUGCCGAAGCACUAUAGACCACCUGGGAAGAAGAAGGAGGGAAAUGCCGCAAAGUACAUCACCAGGUCUAAGGCUGUCAAGUUCUUGCAAAUCAGCCUUUCUGAUUUCAGGCGACUAUGCAUACUCAAAGGAAUUUUUCCAAGGGUGCCGAAGAAGAAAACAGAAGGCAACCACAAGACUUAUUAUCAUAUGAAGGACAUACUGUUCCUUGCUCAUGAGCCACUUUUGGAGAAGUUCAGGGAAAUCAAGGCGUAUGACAGAAAAGUUAAAAAAGCUGUAGCAAAGAAGAACAAGAGUCUUGCUGAUCAGCUCACCAAGCGCAAGCCAACAUACACCCUUGACAGGCUUAUAAAAGAGAGGUAUCCUACUUUUAUUGAUGCACUUCGUGACUUGGAUGAUUGUCUUACAAUGGUGCAUCUGUUUGCUGCAUUGCCUGCAUCAAUCUCUGAACACAUUGAAGUAAAGCGUAUACACAACUGUCGAAGGUUAAGUCAAGAAUGGCAGGUCUAUAUCUCUCGAACUCAUAGUUUAAGGAAGACUUUUAUCUCUGUGAAAGGGAUAUAUUAUCAGGCUGAGAUUCAAGGUCAGAAUAUAACAUGGCUCACUCCUCAUGCUCGCCAGCAAGUGUUGACAGAUGAUGUGGACUUUAAAAUCAUGCUGACAUUUUUGGAGUUUUACGAGACACUUCUGGGAUUUGUCAAUUUCAAACUUUAUCAUUCCAUAAAUGUAAAGUAUCCACCAAUUCUUGAUCCACAACUGGAAGCUUUAGCUGAAGAGCUUUAUGCAUUGUCAAGGUAUGUCUCUGCUAGUUCAAGAAUGGCAACCCAAAAUCAAAUUGAAUCCGCUGUUUCUUCGGCCCCAGAGCAAUCUGAGGCAUCUGAAAAGCAACUGGAAGCUAGUGACUCUGAGCAAAGGUUGGCCUUACUCCAAAAUCAGCUUCCUAGAAAUGGAACUGGAUCCUUCUCACAUCUCAUACAGGAUCUUACUGAUGAGGAUGAAGAUGAUGAUAUGGAUAGAAAAGAGUGCAAAACACUCUUCAAGAAUCUAAGAUUUUUUCUAAGUCGUGAGGUACCUAAAGAGUCCUUGCUUUUUAUAAUUCCAGCUUUCGGUGGUGUGGUUUCAUGGGAAGGUGAAGCUUCUCCUUUUAAUGAAGCUGAUGAGAGCAUCACCCAUCAGAUAGUUGAUAGACCGACCCAGCACCACAUGUUCCUUUCUAGAGAAUAUGUCCAGCCACAGUGGGUGUAUGACUGUGUAAACACUCGGAUUAUUUUACCAACUGAAGGCUAUUUGGUGGGAAGGGUAGCUCCUCCCCAUUUAUCACCUUUUGUUGAUAAUGAAGCCGAAGGUUACGUACCUGAGUAUGCCCAGGUCCUCAAACAGUUGCAAGCUGCUGCUAAAAAGCAAGUCCUACCAAUGCCAGGCACUGAUGACUAUGAUCCGCAAAGUCUACUUAUGGAAGGUGUUGCAGAGAGGAACGAAGCUAAUGAAGCUGCCAAAAAGAAAGAGGAGUUGGGAAAGCUUGAGAAGCAGUACCUGGAUGAAUUGAAAAUGGAACUUCAAGGCAUCACCUACUCUGCCUAUUUAGCAAAAAAGAAAGCAGAAACUUCACAGAACGAUGCUACUGAAGCUAACCAACAGGAACCCUCAACUUCUGAAGCUAAUCAACCAGAACCGUCAACUUCUCAACCAGUGGUUGAGACUGCAAACAACUUGGAAGAGGUUAUGAUGCCUCGUAAGAAGCGGAAGCUUCUUGAGGCCAUGAAGAUUGGUAAGCAGAGGAAGCAGGCUAAGAUUGGUCUUUAUGAAGAGCGGAAAAGAAAAGCAAAGGAAGCAAAGAAGAAGGAAUGAGAUGCCUCCCUAAUCUCUCUCUCUCUCUCAAAUAUGAGGAUCUCUCAGAUUUUUUUCAAUAUUGCCCUGUCGCUAAACCACAUUGUUAUAUUUUAGCUAACCAUUUUUGUUUUUCAGGUUAGCUGAAGUUUAUAUCAAGCUUAUAAUGACAAUUUUUGCAAACACUAUCACCUAAUAAUCAAUUUUGCGUA